UUGUAAGGACUGAGAGAUGGAGGUCCUGAAAGCAAAAAGGUUCCUGCCAGGAAGGAGCUCCAUCAGCCUUCUCCUAAUUAUCACAUUCAGUUUAUAUGGGACGUUAGAGGCGUUGGAGAUGAACACCGGUAAGAUUCCCUUUAUUGAGGCAGUGAACGGCAGCGACGUCCUGCUGACCUGCACCUACGCCAGCUGCAUGGGCAUUGAAAAUCUAUACUUCAAAUGGGAGUUCAAUGACAAUGGCACCAUGGUGAAGGUGAUGGACUCAGUGAUCCCGUUGGAUAAAGCAGAGCUGGUAAACAAGAAGAUUUACCGAGAGCGUGUGGAGUUUGUGGGUUCCAGUAAGCAGAACAACGUGUCCAUAAUGAUCUGGAACGUGACCUUCGAGGACGCUGGCCAGUACACGUGUUUCGGCAAGAACCCCAAAGAGUUGGGCAAGAACCACAGCGCCAUCUUCACACUCUAUGUGGUGGACGAAUUACGGGUUGUGGAUAACACUUUGACCAAGAUCAUCGUGUCGUGUGUGGGCGGCGGCAUAGCCCUGCUGGUGAUCUUCAUGCUGCUUAAGAACUUCACACUCUUCGUCCUCGCCAAGCUCGAGGAGAAGAAUAAGGAGUGCCUCGUCUCCUCCUCAGGGAUCGAUAAUACAGAAAACGGACUGUCCGGCUCCAAAGUGACACCCAAACCUACACCAAAGAAGGCCUGAGAGUGACACGCACACACACAUGCACACACACACACAUGCACACACACAUGUCUAAGUGCAGAUCUGAACCAUAUCGAAUUCUGCCUAUGCAUUUCAAUGCAAUGUACAGACUUACUGUAACUCAGCCGGACUCGGCCGCAUGAAGCAAUUUCGACUCUGCCUCUCUAAUACAUAUUACUGGUAUUUACUGAAUAUUUGAUUGUUUAUUUGCUUUAGAUUAAACCAGGUGCCUGUAGACGCUUCUGUCGCCACCUAGGCGUAGCGAGAACUACAAUAAUGCCAAACAUGCGCGCACACACACACACACACACACACACACAGACAACGUGUAAUGCAAAUAAAACAGAAUGCAACAAUAUAAACAGAACCCCUAUGAACAUGUAGAUGCUGCUAGCUGACGAAUGAAUACUUGAAAAUCUCUAGAAAUAGACAAAAAGACUAAUGCAAAUACAAUACUGAUGAUGCUGCUUCACACUAUUAAGCGAUGCUUUUUUUAGCAUGGUGAUAAGAAACAACCUUGUUUACCGUAGUGUUAGAGGAACGCAAUACACAACAAUGUUUAAUAUAUUAAGUAUUAAUAGUAAUACAAUUAUUACUUCUUUUUAUUAUUGAAUCACGUAUUAAACUUAGACAGCGUUGUAAUAUGAAUGUAUGCUUUUAAACACACGCGUAUCCAAAUGAUCACCACUCACACACGGCUACAGUAAGAAUGCAAUAUUCUGACACUUUAAUCAGCAUGAGACCAGCGCAGGCUUGAUAACGAACAAACACCGCGCCGACAAAUAUCUUGUAGAUUAGUCCAACCAGGAUGCUGCAUUGUCUUUUUCUUUUUUUCUUUCUCAGAUUGGGGUUUGUUAUUUAAGUUUGUUCUUUAACCAGGUGAAGCGAAUCUAGAUAUAUUGAGUCAGAAAAUGUAGAACACAAAACUUUGAAACAAUUUAAACCAAAAUAUAUUGCAAUG